UAGACAGAUUAGGUCGACCGGUUUUCUUUGACUCAAUGGAUAUACCUCUCCGUUAAUCCGCGCCCAACUGUGGAUCCUAAAGAAGUACCAUGGCUACCACGGGGAAGUCAGCUACGCUGGAUGACGCUCGCCGUGGGACGGGGUCUCCGAAAAUGAAGACACGAGACCUUCUAGAGAAUGCGAAAGACACGCUUUGUCGCAAUGUGACCAUAUAUGGUCGAUGCCGGUACGAAGAUAAAGGGUGCGCCUUCAAUCAUGACCCGCAUAAAGUGAACUCGGCAUAUCAAUCAGAUAGCCAUAAGAAGCGGCUCAACGUCGACUCCCCCAGUUUUACUCCAUCUAUAUUAUCGUCCAACGGAUCGUCCCCCACUACUUCAUCAGCGAGCAUGAAGAAAAUCACAACAAUAUCGCCCAAGGCUGCGAGCGCAGCUCCCUUUCAACCCAGGAGUAUAUCCUCACGAUCUAACUCGAGUACUCCAACCACCCGACCAGGCACAAUGACCCCCGAUUGGUCUGUGGCAGAGGUACAAGAAUUUGUACCUCAGGGCUUUGAUACUUCGCAUAUGGGAAAUGGCAGCGCUGGUGUUCCCAGCACGAGUGCCUUUGAUCCUUUUGUGACUGCCCCAAAUCCCCUUUCCGCCGCCAACGCUGUCGGCCCGGUGCAAGCCAAUCCAUUCUCUCAUGACACUGCGGCGGCGCUCAACGGGGCCUUCUUUGCGAACCAGUCCGGGUUCCAGCAGCCUGUUCAAUAUCAUCUUUAUGCUCCGAUCGGGCCCCAUAGCCAGAACACACUGGGCUAUCAACGGAAUGUGCACGACCUCUUCCUGCCGAAUGACCUUCGAGAAGAAAUGCAGAAGAAGUCGGCAGCGACUCUUCAGACCUUGCCAAAUACCCAGCUACCUGCUCAGGUGGAUUACUUCCACUCCCUUGUCCCGCUCGAUCUUAACCAUCAAAAAAAUGCCACCAUCUUUGGAUUCCCCAGUUGGGUUUACAAAGCCCAGUCCAGCAAGGAUGGGAACUUCUAUGCUCUCCGAAGGCUCGAGGGCUUUCGAUUGACGAAUGAAAAGGCUAUCCGCUCCGUGCAAGCCUGGAAACGAGUAUGCAACGGCAGUGUCGUGACAGUCCACGAUGCAUUUACCAGUCGAAGCUUCCAGGACAGCUCGUUGAUCUUUGUCACCGACUACCAUCCCUUGUCGAAGACGCUUGCGGAGCAGCACCUCGGGGCAGGAAACCGGUUCCAGGGGCGCCAUAACACGCACAUCCCGGAACAGGUCAUCUGGGGUUAUAUGACUCAGAUCGCCAAUGCUCUCAAGGCGAUUCAUAGCAACGGGAUAGCUGCCAGAAUCAUUGACGCCAGUAAGAUUUUGCUGACUGGGCGGAACCGCAUUCGUCUGAAUGCCUGCGCUGUCAUGGACGUUGUUCAGUUCGACACGCAGCGAUCGGUGGCCGAACUGCAGCGGCAGGAUCUCGUCAAUUUUGGGCAGCUGAUCGUCACCUUGGGCGCCAACCAGCCCACUGUGAUGCACAACCCUACGAAGGCGAUGGAGCAUUUCACGCGGGCGUACAGUCCGCAACUGAAGAACUCGGUCUUUUGGCUGCUCAACGGGCUGCAGAAGGACCAGGAUCGCAACAUUGAUAUCUUUAUCACGGGCAUCUCGUCGCAGUUGAUGUCGACUUUUGACUCGGCUCUACACCUGGAUGACCAACUCACGUCAGACCUGAGUCGCGAACUCGAGAAUGGGCGCCUCGUGCGACUGAUGACGAAAUUGAACUUUGUGAACGAGCGUCCAGAGUAUGAUCAUGAUCGGCAGUGGUCCGAGAACGGGGAGCGGUACUUCCUGAAGAUCUUCCGGGACUACGUCUUCCACCAAGUGGAUGCGCAGGGUGACGCGGCGGUUGAUCUGGGCCAUGUGUUGAUGUGCCUGAACAAGCUGGACGCGGGGUCUGACGAGAAGAUCACGUUGGUGAGCCGGGAUGAGCAGAGUUGCUUUGUUGUCAGCUAUAAGGAGCUCAAGAAGGCUCUGGAGUCGUCCUUCCAAGCGCUGUUGAAGCCGUCAGGGCGACGGCUUCACUAGGCAUCUUCUACGGAAGGUGGAUAUAUAAGUGAACGGAUAGUGUUACGAGAUCACGACAGCCGAUGCCUCGUGGAGGAGCAGGGGUUUCCU